ACGACCUCGGAAUAAAAAGAUGCGCUAUACUUUGGUAGUCACCUUAUUAUCAAUAUUAUUGAUAAAGUUAAUCUAUGGUGGGAUUGGAACCCCUGCGCAAGCCAGACAAACAAUAAAAGCAAAAGUAUUGUCCUUCUCUUCACUGGUUAUAUCUUGGUUAGAUACUGAUUUUGAUGGGGACGAUUUCACUUCAUUUGAGUCAGUAGAAAUAUCAUAUCGUGAUGCUGAAGAUGAAUCUGCUACAGUUACAACAGAAUCUGGUAUAGCCAGAACUGAUCAUGGAAAAAUUAUAACUGGACUUUCAAAUACAAUUUUUUAUAUCUUCUGGGUGAAGUAUGUUAACCCAGGAGAGUUGGAAGCACUACCAUUUAUCGUGGGAACAAAGAAUAUAAACAAACGUGAUGAUGGUGUUUAUGAUCUCCUCCUAAAGGCAACUCCAACGAAGCAAUGGGAUUAUGGUAACACUGCAUGGGAAAAACUUUUUAAUGAUGAAACAAUCAACACUGGUUUAAACACAGGAUUUGACAACCAAGAUGCUUUAUCACCAUUUGCAUCAAGUCAAACUUACAAUCGUUACCUAGCAGGAAUGAGACCUGCAUCAUCUGGCACAAAAUCUUACUGGUAUUAUUAUGGCACUCACCAUAGGUCCUUAAAGCAGUUGCUUGCAACGCAAAAAUAUUGGGAAAGCAAAAAUAUUGGCAACUUUAUGUACAUGUAUGGACCAGGCAUACCAAGCUACCAUGGUUACCACCAUAGAUUAGCUUACAAUAUUGGAAAUCGUAUAAUGUUUGGUUGCUGGCAUUCAUAUGGCCAAUUUGAUUAUUAUUUCGGUUUUGGGUUGAAUAGGAGCCCUUACGUAGGCCUCAUCAUUGAGUUGACUACGGCAGCCGAACCAUACUAUGGCUAUCUACUAGGACAGAAUAGCAAGAACUUUAUCAUAUCCACUUCAAGUGUAUGUCAUUCUUCACAAUGUGGUACUGGUGUAUUAGUACAUACACACAACUGUGAAGUCAACCAUCCUUUAUGGAAAGACAGUUUUUGUCCUCCUCUAAGUAAUGGCACAUGUGUCGGGAAAGAAUGUCCAUUUGAUGAACCUCAAAAUCUACAAGUGUUAAGCACUGGUCAAUAUAACAUUCACAUUGGAUGGGAUUCUUAUGACUUAAGCAGCUUGUAUUCGCAAGGCAAUUUCAUUCUUAUCGUAAGAGCAUAUGACAGUGACAAUGUGUUGGUUGCUUCCCAUCAUAUAUCGAGAGGAAGCACUCAAUAUAACUUUGGUGGACUUAAUAUAUUUUCAAACUAUACUUUGAGCGUAGAGGGAUAUUCCCAUCUUGGAAAUGUUGAAGGAAAUGCAACAAAAAUCUCUGCAAGAACUAAACAAGGAGUCCCAAAUGGUGCAGCGUCGUUUAUAUUUGCAGAGCCCUAUAAUUCAUCCUGCAUGGAAUUAAAAUGGGAGCAUAUUCCAGAAGAGAAUGUAUUGGGUUAUCUUCGGAGUUAUGAACUUAAGUAUUCUCUUUGGCCUCCUUCAAAUUAUGAAUUUAUUGAAACAGGAUUGGUUAAAGAAUAUUUGGUCUGCGGAUUAUAUCCUUUCAGUGAUUACAGAUUUGAAUUACGAGCAAGAAAUGAUGAUUAUCUUUCAAAUGUAUACGACCAAAUUGAAAACAAAACAGGAGAAGCAGAACCGUCAACAGCUCCUGCUAUCCAAUCAACAACGAAUUCAAGUAACACAUCCAUUUUAAUCAAAUGGAAUAGUAUUGAACUACCAGAAUGGAAUGGUGUUCCAUACCUAUAUUACGUCUUCUACAGUUUAAAUGGAACACAGUCAUUUCAAAAUAUGACAGUAGACGCUCCAAAUACUGAAGCAAAUAUUGUUGAUUUGUUUAGCUACACUCUGUAUGAUUUCCAGGUUGCAGCAGCAACUAGGGCUGGGAUUGGACCUAGGAGCAGCAUUGUAACAGAAAUAACUGGAGAGCAUUUCCCACUGAGUCCACCUCUCAAUGUAACAGGUGAAGACAUUAAUGAAACAAGCAUAGUUGUUCAUUGGCUAAAAGUUCCAGAGAGAUUACGCAAGGGAAUAAUUAUUGGCUAUAAUGUUACAUGUUAUUCCAGCAACUUGACGGAAAUUAUUCAAAUCAUCCAAAUCAAUAAUGGAUCACAGCUUGCAACAAACAUACACAAUUUAACAGCGUUUACUUGGUAUGCUGUGACUGUCACUGCAUUCACAUCUGUAGGUGCUGGUCCGGAAAGUAACGGAACAUUAAUUCAAAGUGGUAUUGGACCACCGGAUGGAUAUCCCUUGCAUAUUUCGGGAUAUAACAUGUCUUCGACAUCUAUUUUUGUACGAUGGGAUAAUAUUUCAUUUGAUCAGUGGAAUGGUGCAUCAGAUGGAUUUACUCUUCAUAUCUCACCUCCCGACAUUCCUGGUGGUAAAAGAAGCUAUCACAGAAGUAUAACAUCUGCUGUAAUUGCAAAUUUGGAAGAAUUCACACAUUACAAUAUAAGGAUUAAAUGUUACAAUGAAAAAGGAUCAGGACCAAAAUCACCAGCUGUGACAAUCUUAACGGAUCAAUCCAUUCCUCUAAAGUUUAAAGAAAAUGUGUGGGGAUAUGACACUGGUUCUUACUCACUUAAAGUUAAAUGGAACGAAGAAACAAAUGUAAGAGAAUGGCUUGGUUAUCCAUACCAAUACCAUGUUUACUAUCGUCGUGUCGGAAAGUCGGAAUUUACUGACCACAUAAUUGUUAAUGCAAGCACUUAUGAAGUUGAAAUUGAUGAUUUGGAAGGUUACAGAGAAUAUGAAGUAGCUGUUGCAGUGGCAACAACAAUUGGUGUUGGAGCAUACAGCGAUAUUGAAAUAAUAAAGACUGGAGAAGCCCCUCCAACCGGACCGCCUCAAAAUGUUACUGGUGCAUACAAUAAUUCCCGUAGCAUUUAUGUCAACUGGACAGAGCCCAUUGAAGAAGAUACGCGUGGAAUUAUCACUAAAUAUUUAACCAUUUGUAUUACAUUGGAUGAAGUUGAAAUGGGAAGGCAAAACAUCUCAAGUAACGAUGAACUAACUACCAUAUUUGGAGGGCUGGAAAUAUAUACACCAUAUCUAGUUACUAUUGCUGCAUACACUGUUGCUGGCCUUGGACCUUUUAGUGAUCCAAUCACUGUUUGGACAGAUGCAGAAGCACCAUUUAGAGGGCCUUAUAAUCUCACGGGUUACAACACAAGUUCGACAUCGAUCUACAUUGAAUGGAAUGACAUAUACGAUAUAGAAUGGGCUGGAGUUGUUGGGAAUUUUAGGUUGACUAUCCAAUCUGUUGACAAUCCAAUGGACAAAAAUACCACAAAUAUAACACGAAAAGGUAACGAAAAAACAUUUAGCUACGAAGCGAAGGAUCUGAAGUUUUUUACUAUCUAUCGGAUUGAAGUUACAUGUUUUAACUUUAAAGGAGUGUCACCGGUUUCUAAUAUUACUGUAACAACCGAAGAAUCAUGGUCAAUUAUUUCUCCCCCAAACCUACAGGCUGUGGCUACAGGGUAUAAUAAUAUAAGCAUUUCAUGGGAGCUUCCUGACGAAACGAAAAUUCCAGGCAUUAUAAGAGGUUACACUGUGAGGUUGCAAGCGAUAUAUAGAGCUGAAGAUUUGACAAUUGGAACGUACUCAACACGACAACGGAGAGAUGCAUCAAGUGCACUCUGUGUGGAGGGACAGUACUGUGAUGGAUUGCCGAUGGAGAUGGACAACAUCACUGUUCCUGGUACUAGUACUGUAAGCUUCAACACUACUGGAUUGCGUGGCUAUACAUUCUAUAAUGUCAGUCUUUCUGUUGAUACGAAAUUUAUUGGUCUGGCUAGUCCACCUAUUCAAAUUUUUACGCCUGAAGGAACACCAUCGAUGUCUGCUUACAAUUUUACCUGCGAAGGAGUGAGUUACAGUUCACUUCUACUGCAAUGGAAACACUCUCCUCCUGCUUAUUUGGAAGGUAUUCGAACAAAAUAUAUGAUUUAUUACCAACUUGGCAAUAAAAUAGUCAAUGAAACUGAUGAACCAUAUAAAAGAAGAAUGGAGUUAUUUUUCUUGAAAGCAAACACACAAUACACAGUUUGGAUGACAGCUUUUACCAGUGUGGGGGAAGGAAAGCCAACUGAAAAGUUAAACUGUUCAACGUUUGAGACAGAACCCACUGCAGCUCCUUCUAAUGUACGUGCAUCUAGUUUCCACUAUCCAUAUGCAAGCCUAAUUCAAUGGGAACAUAUACCAGAUGAUCAAUGGCAAGGAUCUAAACAAGGAUAUACUAUCUUCUAUGAAAAGCUAUCUACUGGUGAAAUCGAUGUUGAUGAUGGAUUGAUAAAAGCUACCAGAGUCGAUGUCCCUUUAACAACUUCUCAUGUUCUCAAAGGUUUAGAAUUGUAUAGUGUUUACAGAGUUCGUGUAGCUGCAAGAAGUAAUGCAGGUGUUGGUUUUAAAAGCGAUCCAGUUCGACUUGAAACAUGCCAUGUUCCACAAGCAAAGUUGAUUCUCAAUUACAUGGUAUAUCCUCCCUAUGUUGAUUAUCCAAAAGGUAACAAUUUGCGUCCAGAAGGUAUUGUAAUGGAUUUAACUGAACAAAUGCUGCUGACAUGUGCUCACAAUUGCACUUCAUUUAAUCAAAGUGUUUACAUCUCUUACAAUCGCGUGGAUUUGGACUCGUUCAGUGAUAUAAAGAAUUUUACGGUAAAUGGCACUGCAUUGCAAGUUCCGAGGUUGGACACUGGAAAGUUUACACCCCAUUACUCUCUUGUUGUUACUACAACCAGUCCUGGAUUUAUCAUUCUUGAAGUUCCUGAUAGUCCUGCACAGGCCUCUGCAAAAGUUGAAGAUGGAUUACUUGAUGGGAUAUUUUCCACGCUGCCUAUAUGUGCUCUAUAUUUUAUUCUCAAUUGGUUCUUCGGAGCAAUGUUUUGGUUUUGUGAACCAACAAAAGUCGAACACAAAGGUCGUGGAAUGUCACUUGCUGGAAUAUUUGAAGGUUUAUAUUUGGCUAUUAUGACAAGCACCACUGUUGGAUACGGUGACAAGAUACCUGAGACUACAUCAGGACGUAUAUACAUUGUGUUUUGGACACUUCUUGGUUUGGUGUUAACUGGAAUUGUUACUGGUAGUCUCUCGUCAGCUUUGUCAGUGGCUUCAAUUAAUUCAAUGAAGCAAAACCUCCCUGAUGAUAAGAUGUUAGCAUUGUAUGGCAGCGCAGAAUAUACAUACGGCAAAAAAAGGAUUAAGAAAUUUGAGAAAAACGUUACUUACUACUCAUACGAAGAACUUUUUGAACCAUUGAAAAACAAAACUGUGAAAUAUGCAUUACUGGAUCGAUAUGUUGCUGAAAUUCUAAAAAGCAAUAUUUCUGAUUAUGGUUUGACUGUUAAUAAAGCUUUUGAUGAACCAACUGAUUUUGGCGUAGCUGCAUUUGGUGAGAUGGAAAAAUUGAAAGUUUGUGGGACAAAAUUUGCAAAGGCGAACACAGACCUGACCUCCAAAGCUAUUUCAAAGCUUCUACAGGAAAUUAAAAAAUCGAUUGAAAUUAAGAAAGCAAACGGAACGGCUGAAACAUCAAGUGAAACAACGACCACUGCAACAGAAGGGGAACAGGAUAUCAUCAGCUUCAAUGCACCAUUAUAUCAAAAAACGCUACGUAUAGUGCUCAUAAUGUGGUUGGUGUGUAUAUUCAUUGGAUUGAUCUAUGAAGCGAUCAGAAGAAACAAGUUAGCGAAAUUAAAACGUAAAAUUUACACCAACAAAGAACGCAAGCUUCAAUUCCACAAAGACCUGAAAGAAUUUGCAAAUGAAACUAUCGAAGAAUUCCGUGACUUGGUCGAACGAGUUGAAGAUAAAAUCGAAAGGCUUAAUUACAAACACGGAAAAGAGUUGCUAAAGAUGCGAACAGCUAUGUCAAAGAAGUAUGGUGUCAACUUUAAGUUUGUGAAACCAAGCGAGCUGGGCGUAUCGUUGGAAAAGAUUUUAGAAUACAAGGAAGAUGCAAAGAAUAGACCGAAAGUACCAUUCUCGGUUAAAAUGAGAAGAAUUGGAUUAAUUAUUAGUGGUGUAUUUUCUCGCAUAACACGACUUUUCAAACGCUAACAACUUGGUAGAUAAACUUACUGCUUUUUUCAUCCUAUAAAGAAGUCAUCCUUAUACGGAAAAUAUAAAACAGUGUUUCAACUUUAUUUGACGCAAUUUGACGCAAAAAGUCAAUUUUAUUUCGUGUUUAUUUAUUUAUUUAUUUAUUUAUUCUUAUUUUCUUUUUUAAUUUAAAAAAUAAUAUAAUCAUUUUGAAUGUAACUGUGAAUAUUGUUUACAAUAUAAAACGUUUAUGAGAUCACUAAAGGUAAAUAGCGACCGAUGUCCUGACGUCAUGGACCAACUGAAGUAAGGUCCAUGCAAACAACUGAACAAAUGUUUAAAUUACCACUUUUUACCACUUAAAAUUUACUAUAUAAACUUUAUGAUCUUUCACAUUUGUAGAGGUAUCAUAAUGGUUUAGAUGGUAAAAAAAAGUUUUUCUAUAUAUUUGUCACAAUUUUUUAACAUAUUUAUUAAUUUAUAAUAUUUAUAUUAUUUCCUAAACAAUUUAUUAUAUUUACAAAUGUAUUUAUAGAAUUUUCUUGCACACAAUAAUAUUAUUUCAAGAAUGUUUUUGCUAUUAAGGGUUGGUUUAAAGAAAGAAAAAAUAUUUUGCAAUUUUUGGAGUUUAGCAGGUAUUUUAAACUUAUGAAACUUUCUCCUUUGAGUCCGCAAACCAAUCCUAUUAGAUAUAAAUACAAUGUGACGUAGUGCGUUGUGAUGUAAUGCAUUGUGACGUAUCAUUUUUUGCAAAAAUACAAUAAUAACCGAUUACCCCGGGCUGUGCCGCAAAAUAUCGCCCGAGGUCUAAGUGCCGACCGAGCUUGCGAGGUCAAUGCAAUGACUACUGAGGGUGAUAUUUUCGGUACAACACGGCAUAAUCGGUUAUUAUUGUAUUUAUUAACCGUCUAAGUUAGAUAAAAAUAAAAAAUAAGAAUUUUAUUUUAGUGUUCUUAUAAUAAUAUAAUUCAAACUUUUGUUAACACUCGAGGUCAAAAUUCGAAACAGUCCUGUCUAAAAACAAACAUUCUUUUUAGAAUUCGAAAGUUUCUAUAGAAUAAAAUUUUGUAAACAAAACAUUACGAUGUUCAACACGUACAGAAUAAUGUGUAAAGUUAAAUGCCCAGCUAAAAUAUAGUUACAACGAAUAUUGAAAUAAGGAAAUAAAUAAAUAUUGUAUUUAUUCUUUUUUGGAUUGAAUAAAAGUAUUUGCACCAA